UAAACUAUAAUGUAAACUGGAAGUUCUUUCAUUUUAGCUGAAGAACGAGAAUUGUCUGCUUGUUUUUCCCACGGUGACUGGCUGUGAGUGUGGACCACAGCCAGGAGGAAAAACAAUACAUCGUAUUCGCGGUGCGUGAAAUGUGUCGUACCGCACAUCGAUAGAACGGAGUCGAGUGUUGAACGUCGACUGUGUUAUCGACCAAAACAAACCGUAGCAUCCGUGUCGUCUCCUCGCUUGGGGAAGACGCUGGGAACGCAAACUUAGCGUUAGCGGCCUACGGAACUUUGUGGGUGACGAGCUUGUUGGGGGAAAAAAUAUCCAGAAGACACGAGCCUAUCAGUUGGAGCAGUAAAAGGUGGAAGGAGCUGCAGGGACCGGAGGCUCCCUCAUCACCAUAGGGCCCUGAGAUGACAUCACAACAACCUCAGCUCCCCAAUGCUGUCAUUCCUCCCCAGCUUGCCCAGAACUCCUCUGCUCAACAGGCCCGGCCCCAUCUUCCAGCCAAUCAGCUGCAUACGGGCCAGAGCAGUGCAAAUGCUGGUUCUGUGGAACACAGAGCGCUAACAGGCAGGCCAGGCUCCUCAGGUGUGUCAGCGGCCAGUGGAGAAGUGACCAGCAGAAAUGUUUCAGCCUCCUGCUCCAACCACAGCUUAAGCAGGAGAGAUGGUGGUUUUGAGCCGUGGCCCGAGGAAGCUGUGGACAACUCCCAUGGGUUAUACUCACUCCACCGCAUGUUUGAUAUAGUUGGAGCCCAGCUAACGCACCGGGAUGUCAGGGUACUGUCGUUUCUCUUUGUUGAUGUGAUCGAUGAGUAUGAACGUGGUGGCAUCAGGAGUGGAAGGGAUUUCCUGCUGGCUCUUGAGCGCCAGGGUCGCUGUGAUGAGACCAACUUUCGGCACAUUCUCCAGCUCCUGAGGAUUAUCACUCGUCAUGAUCUUCUGCCUUAUGUCACACUCAGGAAACGACAGGCUGUGUGUCCAGAUCCUGUUGAUAAGUACCUGGAAGAGACAUCAGUGCGCUACAUUUCACCAAGAGGAACAACGCAGAGCAAAGAUGCUGCUUCUCACAGAAGAACAGGUCCUCAGCCAGUCAUCUGCUGUUCCCCGUCAGGACCUCAUGUUGGCCCUCCCCGAACAAAGCCAGCUCCUCCUGCACCAAACCGCAAACGAAAGAGAAGUCACUCCUCCGCUGACUGCAGAGAGAAGCAAACAUGUGAUAUCCGCCUGCGGGUUCGAGCCGAGUACUGCCAGCACGAGUCUGCACUUCAGGGAAACGUAUUCUCCAACAAACAAGAGGCCGUGGAGCGACAGUUUGAACGCUUCAACCAGGCCAACACUAUCCUCAAAUCGCGAGACUUGGGCUCGAUCAUCUGCGACAUAAAGUUCUCCGAGCUCACCUAUUUAGAUGCCUUCUGGAGGGACUACAUCAAUGGAUCAUUGCUAGAAGCCCUUAAAGGGGUCUUUAUCACAGAUUCCCUUAAACAGGCUGUGGGCCACGAGGCUAUCAAACUGUUGGUGAACGUUGACGAGGAGGACUACCAGGCCGGUCGGCGCAAACUGCUUUGUAACUUGGUCACGGGUGGCGGCGGCCCACCAGGAGGUAGCAAAGACUCUGUAUCUUAGACACACGCUCUGGAGGUGGAACCGUAUGAGAGGGAGGCUGAUGUUCCUCCAUGACAAGUCAUAGUUGAAAUGUGGUUUGAGGUGCCUGGAGUGUGUGUCUGAGAGGAACUAAGACUUCCUGUCACCCCAUUGAUUCCUUGAGAGCUAAGUUCAUAGGAUAUCUAUUCGGCACCCAUAUGCGUAGCAUGCAAAGUGAUUGGGAACAUUGUUAGCAAAAAGAAGUAGGCGAUGCAUACAGGUUGGCGCUACUCUGACUUCUAAGCUGUUCAUUUUCUUCAAGGAGGAGAAUGCCGAUGUCAAAUGUGGACUGACUUUGACUAAUGUCUGGUUUCUGGUAUGUUAUCUCAUUGAAACACAUUUGUUAACUCUUCACCCCUGUUCCAAAGUGUGAGUGAGUUACUUUCAAUCCACAAAACAUGCUUAACGCUGAUGAGUUACUCCCAGUGGGAGAUGUACCUUAAUGUCAAACAUGUUUGUCCUUUUUUCCAAGGUUCUUCAGGUACAGUUCAGAUCGCUUGGAUUAAACUCAAUGAGAGAGUGUUGUGUAUGUUUAUAGAACGGUGUAGACCACAGCUGAUUUGCAUUUAGUUUGUCUCCUUGUGUCAAGCUUUUCUGUCUCACUGUCUGUUCUGCGAAGGUCGACCCCCGUCAGAGCCCUUUUAUUAUGGCUCACAUUUGGCCACUGUCAACAUGAUUUUGUCUUUGCUGUCACGUUCUCACAUGGCUCGAUCUACAGCUAUGAUUCUUGCCCACUGCCAAUAUUUAUUUACUGACGUGUCCAGUGGUAUCCAGUAAAAUAGCAAGUCGGUCACUGGGGUUCUGGAUUUGUAAAUCGGUGUCAUGCCUGUAAUGCCCACUCGCCUCCCAUUCACAUACUCACUAGUAAUGCCACUCUGAACCUUAUCAGUGACAACUGGUCAAACCGGCAUGUGGAAAUGUGCUUCCUGCUGCUGAAUAAUUCUCCCGGUUUCCCCCUACUGCCAUCUGUUGGAAGGGAGAGUAGUUUCACGUCGUGCAGGCGCAGAACUUACGUGCUGGUUGCUUGUGAGUUGUAGUCGAUGAGGUGUAUUCCAGACAAGUGCAACUUCCUCCCCGGCACAUGGCAACUGUGGCAGUGCUGUAGUUAGUCGUCGCUGUUUGACAUUGGGGCCAGUGUGUACUGUUCCUGUUUCCUGCAAUGGUAAAGAAAUGGCACCCAGCUAUUCCUCAUAGACUCUUUCUAAAAAUGGACGUAGUCUUACGGUUACAAAAAAGCUUCCAAUAUGAAGUCUUGAGAUGUCAGAGAAUCACAGACGUCACCUGCAACCAGGCGACUAUUACAAAAAAUACCAGCUGUCAAUCAAUCACACUGGUCUCCACUCUGGGAAUGUAAUUUGCAAAAUCAAGGAAAUCAAGGCCUGAAACUAGCGAUUGAGACCGUUAACUCCUCAGGAAAACUGACGCUAUAAAUUAAGUGACAAGUACAAGCUCACUUUACCAUUGGCUUACAUUCAAAUGGAUUAUUUGUGACCUGUGGAGUUUCGCCCCCUAGUGGCUAAAUGCUACUAUAUGGGAGUCACUUUUCAAAUAAAACAGACUAGGUCCAUUUUUAUACCCAGUCUAUGCUAUUGCUGUACUCACUGCGAGCGUGCAGUACUGAUGAGGAUGCGGCCAGUUGAUGUGAUGUCGUCAUGGUGAUCGACUCUCCGUGAUGAUGAUCCUCUACAACUCAGCACAGAGCUCUUAAACAGUGACGUUCUUGUUUUAACACUUUUUUUUUUUUUUUUUACAGCACAGCUUGAAAUGGCAAUUAACCAAAAUGGGAACUUGCGUUCAUUUCAUUUUGGUAACCAUAAUGAAAUAGGAGGCAUUAUACCUGGCAGGUGCCUGUGAAAUGUACAUGUUGACAGUAUUACUGAUCCAUUUUCACACGUUCAUCAAAGACACACGCAUGGUGCUGUUUGAUACGAUUGUCUCACACACAGUAGCUCACCCCCACCACAGACUAAAACCUCUGUUCGCUCACAUAAUCCCGACAGUAUUUCAGCGUAGUUGUGGUUGUCAGUCAAGAAAUACCUUUUGAUUUGACUGUUAAAUCUAAUGUAGGCCAUUGAACCCAAUAGACAAAUUCCAGUGGUCCAGUGGCGUCAGACAUCGAUGUCAUGGUGUAAUUUUUUUUUAAAAAUCCCCCCAAAAUGUGUUUUUAUAAAAUAAGAAGUAAAAGAUGAAAAGACUUGGGCAGUUUGAAAAGUCUUUAUUCAUUAUUAUGAGUAUCUUUGUUUGGAAAUGUAUGAUUAUUAAAUAUGAUAUAUCAACAACAUAAUGCUAUUUUGUGAUGAGCUGAUUUAAAACUUGUUACAAAAAGUAGAUUAGAGACUGACGGUAGAAACAGACUCUUGUCUCUAACGCUGAUGAGUUAAAUUGACGUUCUUUCUGUUGCGAGUAGACUAAAAUACACACAGGUUCAUAUUCAUAAGCACAUUUGAAAAGUGUGACAAAGUGCUUUCCACUUCUUACAUCUGUAUGUUUCUUCUAGCUGCAUAUAAAAAUGCAUCGUUGUUUUUGCCAAAUUAUUAUUAUAAUUUUUUUUAAUUUUGCCUCUGAUUUUUAAAAUGUAAUUGAUCUUCUGUCACGUUUCCAUCAGUUUGUUCAAAUGGAGUGAAAUGCAGCAGUUUGCUUUUAUGUUCCCUAUUAAACAUUUUCACUGUUUGUAUUUACCAAAUAUAAUCUUCCCGUUAAAGAAGCCCUAUCUUAUUUAUGCCAUCAUACCAUCCAGGGGUACGCGCGAGAACAUACAUGUCUUGAUUGACGGGCCACUGUUACUCUGAAUUAUAUAGAGUACAGGCCUCCAUUUUAUUCAUAAGGUUGCAAGUUAGUAUCUAUUAUAUAGGUUGGUGUAUGUUAUGUUAAUGUGUAUGUUUGUCGUUCAAUGCUGCCGUCUUUUACGCAACAUUGCAUGUACCCCUUGUCACGAUCUCCACCAGAAAGCUCAUAGAAAACUCACAGUGCUAACAUUUUGUAAAUAACUAUUGGAUGUCUGGUUUUCUUACCUAAAUUUUGCAUUUCUUUCAGAAAACUGAUGAGAAGGACUGUUCAAUAAAUGAAAUGGAUGGGUUUUCGAUGAA